ACGACGACGACGACGACGACGACGACGACGACGGCGACAACGACGUUUACGGCACCGUUAACGCGCGCUGUACCACGUCGUCCAGUGCCGCGGUGGCUCAACCAGGGGGGUGUGUCAGGGGGAAAGCGCAACAGGAAGGCGAAGGACGAAGGAGAAGCAGUAGGUGUCGCGGUUAAAAACGGGGGUGGGUUCGCGGUCGCGGGGAACGGUAGUGGUGAGAUUAUAGGUGGUGGUGGUGGUGGUGUCGUCGAGUGGACCACGACAACAGUCGCCGGGCCGAUGUCAUCGUGGUCGUAUCCUGAAGAUGAGGAGCCGGGAGCUGGAAGCGUAAGGACACGCCCGAGCCCGGAGGAGGCGCGGACAGAGGACGAGGAGACCGAGAGCAACGAAGAACAGGUCAAGGUCACGGUGCCAGAAGCCAAAGGCUCCUCCACGUCGACGCCAUCAGCUACGAGCUCGUCGCCGACCACGCAGUUGCCACCACCGAGUCAAGACACCUCUAUGGAAGCACUGAGCGCAAGCAGCUACAUAGUGUCAGUGGUGCUCGUCCUGGUAGUCGGAGCACUGGUGGGUGUCCUGGCGACGGUAUCGCAUCAUCUUCAUCAUCGUCGGCUGCUACUGCACGAGCCAGCUUCCGCCUCGAUUCUGCAUCACCAUCGGCACCAUCAUCAUCGUCACCACCACCACCAUCAUCAUCAUCAUCAUCAUCAUCAUCGCGAGGAACUGCCGGCGUCGCAUCAACGUCGUCUACUGCUGCAGGAUCACCAUCGUCAUCCUGGCACACCGAUGCUGUCGGUGAGCCCAGGAAUGGAGGUUGGCAGCGGCGGUCACGGUGGCCUCGGAGGUGGACUAGAGGGUGAUCCGAGCGGAGGCGGCGUCGGUGGGGGCGGGGGUGUGGGCGAAGGAGCCACCGAAGGGAUGCAGGAAGCCAUGGUCGCCGCCGCCAGGGACCGGGCGAUCCGCGCCGGAAGUGUCCGGCAGGACCUCGCCCUCGACCUCCCACCGCGGCUCCAGCUUCCUGAUGGCGAGGAACGUCCCUAUGGCGCGCACACCGCCCUUCAUCUCCGCGACCCCGAGCAGGAGAGCGAGAUCUACCAGAAGUGCGUGCGACCACCGCCUAAUCGGACUGUCUUCGACAGCGAGAGCCCUCCGCCUUACAGAAGCCAAUCGGCGCUUCUAGACGCCCCUGAACGAAUAGUCCGUUGCCACAGCGCGGGCAGCUCUCUCUUGAGGGUGUUUCGGAAAUUCCCAAGUCCUGGUAGCUCAACGCCCGCGGUGGUGGUGCCGCCCAGAAGGCCGACCCUGUCCAGUUAUUCCGAGUCCAGUAGCAACCUGAGCAACCUGUCAAGCCUUACGGUGGUGCCCUGCGAGGCAGACGAGAGCCAGCAGCACCAUCAGCAACAGCAACAGCACCAUCAGCAGCACGUCUGAUCCGCGGCCUGGCCGAGAAGAAGAGCAUUCGAGGCCGCGACGACCUCGAGGACGAUGUUCCUCGAAGUCGACGGUCGCCGAAGGAUCUCCCGGAAGCGGCGACGAGACCAACCAGAACGGGAUGACGGAGACGGGACGAGCGUGGAAGACGUAGCGAGGAAGGACGCUGCCGCCGAAAUCGUCGUCGUCGUUCUGCCCUCGAGUAUCCUCGACGGCUCGAGGAUCCCUCAAGACCGACUCCGCAGGAGAAACUUCGUACGGUUUCGGCCAGCUGACGCUGAGUGGCGAAUGGUGAAUCUCUCGCUGACGGGAACGAAGACAAAGAGACGCGCGACGAUGGACUCUCCUCCGGGCGGUGGAUGGUCCUCCAGUAUUUUUGGACGAGGAGCGUCCUCGGCGAACAAGACGAGUGGCUCGAGGAAAAGAAUCCAAGGCCCUCGGUCCGCGAUUCGUUGUGUUCUCAAAAGUGGUCGACGCUCGUCGCCCCAAACAGCAAUCCUAACAGGCCAGUCUCUAGCCUAGAUCUCAGACGAUUCCAAAGCACUAGACGAGACAGCUCGUAACGUAGGGGGCACGUGAACCCGGAUGGCGACGGAAGAGACAGAGACGAGCGUCGCUACCGAAUCCCCCUCGACAGUGGAGAACCCCCUCAGCGAACACGUAUCGAGGACCGACUCGAGAAACCAUCAUAGGACGCAUCUCGUUCGUGUCUCGUGCCUGGUGGCCACAAAUACAAUUUUUCUCUUGUAUAAUUCCUGCCAAGAGCAACGGACCAACAAUCUUCUCUGUAUCGGAUGCGAUGCGAAUGUUGCAAGCGUGUGAAACCCCUGUGGCGAACCUCCAUCUUUGAGAACAAACCUAUCUGGAUCCACUCGUACAGGUAGUUCGUUGAGUCGCGAAAUAUUAAAUUCAAUCUUAUAAAAUUGUUGGAAAACACUGAAACGUAGUAUAUAGUAUACAACAUACCGUGUACUAAGAAUAGAUUUACGAAUAUAAUGCAUAUAAUUUAUCGUUUCAGUGCUUUUACACUCUAAUUCGAGUCUACGAAUUCAAAUCUAUAGCUCUUACAAACGUACAAAUAAUUAAGAAAGUUAAAAUUACAGAAUACGCAUAAUAGUACACUGUUACUUCGAUUCAAAUUUGAAAGUAGUACUUCGAUCAGCCUAUAGGUGGCACGCGCGACCGUUUUCAAAGAUGGCUGCCGCCUCGUGACCUCUCAAAGCACGCAGUCCGUACGAAGAAGUGAACGAAUAAAAGUGUCUAGUGAACGCAAUAUCGAGAGAAAUUCAACAAAUAAUACGUGUGUCGUAUAAAGCAUCCUUGUAUCGAGUGAUUUCGGUUUUAUCGUCCGGAAAAAUAUCAACUCUAGUUACAGAUAACAAUUCUAACCUUACUCGUGUUUGAAAAGUUAACCUCAAACCGAAAUAAUUAGAACCGAGAACAUUAAAUGCACAUUGCUUUAUACGUCUCGCCUCUCGAAGAGCAAAAUACUCAAACAAAAAUGAGCAAAAUUCUUAUUUAGAUAAAAAAUGAGAAUUUUGCUCGUUCCUGUUUCAGAGUGGGCACUAGGCAUCAAAGAGACACGGGGGGGACCAGAGACGAAGCCAAGACGAAAAAUUGGACGGUCGAUCAUCGAGUAUCGUGGAAGUUUGUUCUCUGCGAAAAAGACUUAGUAAAUUAUUUAUUGGCGGUUAAUUUUGUGGCAGUUAGCCGCGAGAGAAACGGAAGUGAGGGAGAGCCUGGAUGGAUUAACGGCUGGUCGGACGCGAUGAAGUGCCGCCAGACCCAGGAAUAAAUGGUAAUACGUGUCUGUGUGCAAGAGUGUCUCCGUGUGAAUGAAAGGUAAGCCCAAACGUGGGGAAAUAAUGGGACGUGGAUGCGAUCUGAGAGCUAGAGUUGAGAGAGGGGAAUGAGAAUUGUCGCGAAUGUCUGACAAGCGCAACGGAGAGAGAGCGAGAAUAUCCGAGGAAAAGUAGUGCCAAGAGCGUAACAAAAAGAAACUCUGUAAAUAUUAGGUUAGGUAGUUCAAUAUCAAUAUAAUUAUUACGACUAAAAAUGAUAUGCUAUAUACUGAUUAAAAAGUAAUACCUUACACCACGCAUAAACACAAGUUGACGGGUAGUGCAAAACUGCAGUGGGAUGUACUCCGAGACCUAGAGGACCUCUUCUUUGAUUUGUCCCUCUGUGGAAUAAAUUCUAAGAUUAAUUAGAAGAAGAUUAAUUAGGUUGUGAUCAGCAUUCACGUUUUAGUGAUUGGUCAAGAGUGAAAGAAUGUCCUUCCAGAGAGACAGGCAAAAUUUUAAAUUAGGGGAAAGAUUAUUUUUCUUUUCUUGUUAGAGAGCCUUCUUCAGUUUAUUAUAUUUCUAGAAUUAUGAAUUAAACAAAUUGCAAUAUCUUUGGCAGAGGCACUAAUUACAUUAUUCGUCUUAUGUAAGAUUGAUGUUUGAAUGAAUGCUUUAUCGGCUACAGACAUAGAUUCAUUCUAUAACUAAAAUUCUGUUUUAACUUCACUUUGCAUCGUCACACUAAAUUGUCGUCCGAAUAAGAAUUUUACCUGUCUCUGGUUCUGAAGAGUAAGAACAGAGGAAAUCAAGUGUCGACACAGCGCGUCCCACAGUGUUUCGUACGGCUCGCACGAUGUCUGAUAUAAACGCUACUUUAUUAUUAUUCAGAUAGAUAAGGCUUCAGUUUUUGACGAAAUAGGACGAGAUCUGCCUUGACGACGAACCGAAAGUCGACGACUGGCUCUGUUGCCUUUCGUAUCUUCUUUCUGCUGUUAAAUGCAAACGUUCCGAAUUAAUGUAGACCCUGUCGGGUUGCUGACCGAGAUUUGUUCAGAUCUCUAAUUGUUAAACUUUAAUGCCUAAGCAUAAUUUUGUAUAAAAAAGGAAACUUCAUUAUUUAUUCGUUUCGAAUCGUAAACCCGUAUGCAUAAUUAAACACGCAUCAUAUUACAUCAUCCGGAAAUUGAUAAAUGAUCAGAGUCCAAUAUCAGUUUGGAUCUUUGUUUAUUCUGACCGAACUAUUUCGUCCCCGAGGACGUUGAAUCAUAAACGAAUCUCUCAUCAGUAACUCGAGAGUAGCAUCAGUAGCACAGGUCAGUGACCCUUACACCGUGAAUAAUGUUGUAUUUUAGUUUCUUCGAAUCGCACAGAUUGUUCUAUCGUUAUGUAAACGUUCAGAGUAUCGCGACGAACAAGAUUUUCGUCGACUUCGGUUCUCGACCUCGGGACAGAACGAAACUACUGAAGUAUCUCAUGAGAAGUCACCAAUUAUUGUAAUCCUUAAAACUGUAAGACGAAGGGGUAAAAUUGCAAACGAAUCAGGUCUGCCUUCAGGUCGCGGUCCGAGCGUGUAAAAAUCGAGAACAUUGUUAAGCGCCAUUCAGAAUCUUUCAGAAAAAUAAAAUAACGAAAAAAAAUCGGUCGUUUUCCGCAUCGAUGGCGUCUGGCAAUAUUUUCUCCCGUUUCUGAAGGAUUCUGUUCGGGCACAAACGCGUCCUGGAGGCGUCCACCGCUGUAAAUCCACGAUUUGGCGUCGAAUAUGCGCGAUUUAAUGGAAGAAAGAAAAAGCAAAAAAAAAAAAGAACGUAACGAAACGAACAAAAAUGCCGAUGAAAAAUCGUACAGGAUCUAUAUAUAUACACAUAUACGCAUAUACACACACGUACAUAUAUAUGUAUAUAUAUCGCUAAAUGAAAUCAACAUUGUCAUUUUGAGAAAAAUGUCCGGGCAGUUCUACACACGACACUCGACCGCCUCUCAUCUGCGACGGGAUAGUUUCUUAUUUCCGUCUCCACCGAAGAAAGAGAACAAACAAGAAAACAUAAAUGAAAGAAAAAUGAAAAAUAUGUGUUCACGCGCAUGCAAUAUUAGGCGAUGAGGAAUUAAUCUCGUAUUCUCUAGCGCGAAGAUAUGAGAAAACUAUGUGGGGAUUAUGGGGUUACGGGUGGGGGGGAUUUUAGAAAGGAAACGUUAGGGGAAUGGAAACGAAACGAAACUAGAGGAACGAACAAUAGCGGACUAACGAGAUAUAUAUGCGCGCGUACUGGACAGAGAUGGGCAAAAUUCCUGUCUAGAUAACGAAAAUUUCGAGUAACGAUUAAAAGAUACGACGAAGACGCGAAACGUUUGAUGGUUUUACGGCCCAGUUCUCUUCGUGGUCGAUACCAAACGUGUUUAUCCAUUAAUUGUUUAACGAGAAUUAGAAUUUGUAUUAUAAGCUAGAACGAAUUCGUCGAUGAACAAUUGUAAAAUUGAAGCGUUCGAACGAAGCAAACGUUCCGAAUAAAUUUAUUGUAGGUUUGCAUUCGCGCGAACCGUUGUUCGCGAGUAAAAUUUUGCCCAACUCUGGGAAUCGUGACGGAUAAAAAGGGAGAGUGAGAGACUGCGUGCGAUUGGGAUUCGAGAGGAUGAUAAAUAAGAGAGGAAAGUUAACGAUUACGGGAUAGGAGCGGCUAAAUCCAAUGGGUCUUGUGCAAGCCUCGGUUAAAUUAAAGCUGUUAUCGACUUAGAUUAAAUUUUAAACGCCAAAACGGAGAGCUCCGGGAAACCGCGCGCGAACGUUUCCCACCUCCUGCGAGAAAUUGAAAAUUUUCCAUGGCGGAUGAGCUCGAUAUUAUAUAAAUAUAUUGUAUAUUAUAUAUGAAUAUUAUCAAUUGGAAUAUCGUGAUAUUCAACGUGAACGAUUCGUUGACUCUCGAGAGCUUUUCGACGAUCCGGUACGAGCGUGGAGAUAUUCGAUCGUUUGUGUGGCCUUUGGAUGACGAAUCACGGGCAAUCGGGCUGGGGAACCGAUCGGCCAUCUCGCCGAGUCCGAGUGGACGUGUUCAUGACCAAUUAUGCGAUUUCGAAAGCGUUACACCGACUCGAAACGAACGACUUGGCUCGUGUUGGAUCGGUAUACCCAAUUGCUGACGCUUGAAACGGUGUCCUUUCUUUUCUGGACGGAGUAGCUAUACGAUCCUCAAGGAUCAGCUUUAGGAUGAUAUUCGAUUUUCGUGUGGCCUCGAUAUGUAGAUAGACCUAGGCUCUGUCAGAGAGAGGUGGGCCAUUCGAAUCGGAAAAAGAUUGAUUAAGAAAUUGUGCAUGCUCUUAGAAUCAAUUCGUCGUUUGAUGGUAGCAACACUUGUUGUAGUCUUAACGUUUGAGGCGGUAUUUGCUAGGCAUGCCUUAUCGACGAGUCCACUAUCAAGACCCAGGACGAAACGCAGUAACCUUUAUAUCGAGUGUUACUUGUUACGCGAAAAUGAAUUUUAAUAUAGUGGGUCUUUCUGAAAGAACUCGCGAACCUCUGAAAGGUGAAUGGCCCGGGUUCCUCUUCAUCUCAGAGAAUGGAUAGACGUUGUUUUAGACCGCUAGGUGGAGAGAAGAAGAGUCUGUUAACGUGUUCACGAUCUACUGAUCCAUGUGUCGAUUGGGACGCUUAUAGUUUUGUAUUUAAUUCAAUUGACGACUUGGUUCAUCGUAACGAAAUGGUCUGAGAAUCUCAAGGAAUGUCAACUGAAGAGAAACUCCAGACUCUAUAAAGGCCUCAAAUAUCGGAAUGAGCAGUAUGUGUACAGAAUAGUUCAAUUACUAGGGCAUUAUUGAAUAGUUAGACAAACACGUCCGGAUAUUAUCCUACCGAAAACACUUGUUGCAACUAGUUUCUGUUAUGAAAAUCUUCCCUUUUUGAACGUCCAAGUCUCUUAUUCGCACUCGCAGAGCAUGAACACGUUAAGAUUCCGGAGAAUAGUUCAAUUGUUAGUUCAGCCUCCAGAGAAGAUCCUCCUAGAACAAUGUUGACACAUCGUCGAGCGUCAGAUCGUACCGAAAGCCCGUUUGUCUUAUCCCUCAACGUUCGUACGUUUUCUCGGAAACGUAGUGCUCAGAUUGAUCGAACUGACCCCUCGACAAGCGAUCGAGCCGAUCGAUCAACCUGGCCGCUUCCAGUUCGUCUAGUCAUGCCGAGCCGUGCGUCCCGUCGGAGGAUGAAAUCAAUCGGUCGUUUCAUUAAUCAUCGGGAUCCCGAGGAUAGAUAACGGAUCCUCCAUAAGCGUGAUUGUGAUUUCACGGGGUGUUUCAAAAUUGCGCGUUGGCCGCUUGAAAGCCAACCAAUGAAAUUCGACUAAACUUCGAAGAGCCUCCCCUCGAAGCUGUAAUUAGUAUCAUCAUCGUAAACGUCGAUAAGAUUGGUGUGUCUAGUCCACCACGACGAGGGGGUCCGACCCGUUUUUGCCCUCGAGUUGCCCAUCGUUCGCGGAACCGUGGAGUAUGUCCCAUCGUUCACCUCUUUAGCCAAUCACAGAGCAACGCGAGGCGACCCCUUCAGGCGUCCAUGGACCCCCGUUCGUCCUGGAGUGUAAAUUACGUUUUAUUAUCAUUAUUUUUUCUUUUUUUUUUUCUUUUUUAUCUUACGUUGUUAGGUAACCGAAAAUAUGUAGGUCGAGGUGAUAGACGAAAAACGAAUCAAUGCACAGACCCGCAGACUGAUACGGAUGAAAAUCUGAGAAUCAAAAUUUUUACGACCGUCUCGUGUGAUCACUCGAGGGACGCAGUGUCUUAUGAACGUCUUUUGGUACGUUCACGGCGUUAGGGAUUGUAAAACUGAGACAUUGAUGGGCGCGAGAUUAUUAUCAAGCGCUGAGAAAGGAAUGGCGAAAAGGGGGGCACCAAAAGACAGUGACGAGGGUUGCGUGUGUGCGCGAGGGAGAGGGAAUGAAUGCACCUGUAAGAUUGAAAGGAAAAAAAAGACGAUUAAAGGGAAGAAGAACCACUAGCCAUGUGUAAUUCGAGUCGGAAUUAAUCAUCGUUUCGUUGUUGUCGUGAUUGUACUGAGAGCAAAAGAGUGGAGAGAGAAUAUGAGAGAGAGAGAGAGAGUAUGAGAGAGAAUGAGUACAAAGUGAAACUAUACGAGAAAUUGGAGAAACUUUUUUCAAGGUAAUCGAUCGAUGUUGUAGGAACAGUGUCAUUUAAAGUAGUAGGUCGCUUCUACCAAAAGAAAAAGUCAUCUCGGGACGAGGUUAAAAAAAUGGUUUUCACAUCUAAAUUCGAAAGUUGUUCGCGCCAGCCGCGCGGGGGCGCUCGAAGUGAGCGCGAGAUUUGAAAAAGCGCGGGAAAAGAGGACCGCGUCUCGGAGUCGCCUCCCACGCGCGCUCCUCGAUGUUUAUCUUGUUGUCUUCUUCUUUUUCGUCGAUUCUUUUUUUUCUCUUUGCGCCGUCGAAAGGUCUCGAGCUCUUCGAGCGUGCCACGAACGCGCGGGAAAGUAAACGGUUUUUUAUACAGUAGAAUUGUACCAAUUGUACCACAUAGGAAAUGAAAAAAAAAAAAACAUAAUGAUGUUCGUUGUUCACUGCUCUGGCUUGCUAGGAAACAGCAAAUAAAAAAUAAUAACGAUAACUCGGGCCUCUCGGAGGCUGUUCGGACCAGGAGAGGCGCGAAAAAAAUAAACAAAAAGACUGUUGACCAAUAAACGAGCGUAAUUCGUUCGAGAGAACUUGCUCCGGACAGUCCCCUUCGUGCCCUCCGGUAUGAAUCGGCAACAUUUCGACAUUGCAAGAUUAUUGGUGUACUUAUCACGCAGUUUUCUACAAAAUAAAGAAAACGAUUUUGAAAAAAAAAAAAAUGAAAAGACAGUGAGAACU